AUGAGGGAGAUGGACGCGCAGCUGCAGCAGCAACUUGUCAAGGUUCAGAGGAUUGAAAAGGGCUUGCAAUCUCUAGCCACCUUCCACAGCACGCAGCUCCUCAAGGGCUUCACCACUCUCGACCUCUCUGCACUCCCUUCCCCCUCCUACCACACCCUCCUCUUCCACCUCCUCUCACUCUCCCUCCACCACUCCGCAUCUCUCUCCACCGUCUCCACACUCAAAGCCUUCCCGUCAAUUACCAACCCCUGCCUGCAACAAACCAUUGUCCUGCAACUUCCAUCUCUGAGAAAGCUUGAUUUCAGCAACUGCACUCGCCUGGUCGACUCUGAUUUGCCUCUGAUUGCUCGACUCAGUCAGCUCACUCACCUCUGCUUGGCUGGAUGCACUGGCUUCAGGUUCGGUGCAGCAGCACCGCACCCUGUCAUAAGCAGUGCUCCAAACCUGGCAAACUUGACAGAUUUGGCAAAUCUGACAAAUUUGGCAAGUCUGACAAAUCUGGCAAAUCUGGCAAACCUGACGAAUCUGACAAACCUGAGGAGGCUGAAUCUCAGCAGGACAGCUGUGGGUGAUGAGGGCAUGGCUGUCUGGUGUCAGCUCACAGGGAUCACCACUCUAGACCUGCGCCACUGCGCGCGCGUCACAUGCCGGUCCAUGUACCACAUUCGCCAGCUGCAGCACCUACACACGCUCAACCUUGCCUGGGUGAUCUAUUCUGCAGUGACUUCUACAGCCAAUUCUGCAGCCGAUUCUGCACCUGAUGAGAGGGCUCUGGGCCCCAUGGAGGAGCUCUCCUGGCUGAGCCUGUUCGGGUGGCAGCUGAGAGACGAAGGUGCCCUGUGUGUUGCAAAGUUCUUUCCAAAUUUGAGGGCUUUGCGCUGCUCUGCUGCUGCUGGUGGUGGUGCCGCUGGUGGUAGUGCUGGUGCUGUUGGUGGUGGGUUGACCAAGGGUGGUGUGAAGAAGAUGGUGAAGAGGUUGGCUCGUUUGGGGGAGCUCUGGCUGGUUGGAGGCUUGGAGGAGGUUAGGAAGGCGAUGAGGAAGGAUCGGCCUUGGCUAAAGGUCCUCUGCUAA